AUGGCCUUAGCAUAUAGCUCCAUCUAUGAGGCUAGUCUGAGUUGUCGCGAGCGAUUGCAAGAGUGUGUUGCUCAGCCAGCGCUAAUGACGGAUGAGUGGGCAAGGAAACGACUAGCUGAUUUCAACCUUUGGGCAGCUGGCUCAGGCGCACUCGCCAGAGCACAUGCUUCACUUGACGAACAACUCUCCGAGAAGGAAACUGUUCGGAGUGUUCUAAUAGAUCUUUUGGGGCUUCUUGAGGCAUUGACACGCCGGUGUCUACAGACAGUUGGUCACAGUGAUUAUGUGGACGAUAAAUAUGCCGAUAGCUCCAGUGACGAGAAAGAGCCGGCCUUGACCGAAAUAUUCGCCGACACCGAAGCAAUCAUUACAAAGCUUGUUCGAAUUUCGAUCGCGAUCCGACGUUCCGGCGCUCAGGCUCACCGUGAUAGAGCAGACGGCUCUUAUGUAUCAGAUAUCUAUGAUGAACUGAGGGAUCAUCUCGGCUUCCUAAUUAGCGUCUGGGCUACGAAGUCAGAGCGAGAAAAUGGCUCAACAAGAUACCCCGAAUAUGCAUCAUACCGACUUAACGAGGUCCAAAAAAGGCUGAUAGAGUCUAACACAAGAAGGCGUCAUCGCUUCCUUUUCGCGAGGAGACGAGGUGUAAAGCGUGGGAAAGAGCGUGAUGACUUCACGACCGAUGAAAGACAAGUAAGGGGUUUGCAAAUACGUCAGCCCAGCACCUGCCAGGAAGUAGGCAACGCCGUCAACUUACCGACGACCGAAGGCGCGGCACAGUCACCGCACAUACUUUCUCAUUUUGCUGCUGCUACAAUUGCUGCAAGUUCUGUGCCUACUGCGAUUCAGAAUCCCAUCAAUCUCGCCUUGACAAGCCAAGCUUCAAUGACUGCGCCUUCCUCUAUCAGUUCAAAGGUUGUUUAUCCCAAGCCACCUAAAGUCAAAGAAGGCCAAGAAAUAUUUCGUUGUCCAUGCUGUCUCCAGACUUUGCCGCUUGCUACAGGAAUGGGCCUACGUUGGAAGAAGCAUUUGACGCAGGAUAUAAUGCCUUACACCUGCGUUUUGAGUUCUUGUGAACGUCCUGAGAAGCUCUACGACACACGAAAAGAGUGGCUGAAGCACAUGUCAGAAGAACACAAUCAGUGGCAAUAUUGGCUAUGCUCGGCGUGUCUUGAGCCCAAGAGAUUCGACGUUGAGCAACUUUACGUUGAACAUCUUCUGAGAGAGCACGCCAAUGACAUCUCCGCAGACCAGAUCGAGGCAGUUGUUUCAAUGUCAGCAUCUAACGCGCCGCUACAUCUUGAACAAUGUCCCUUAUGUCCCGAAAGCUCAGCAGGCGAUCCUGAAGUCGACCCUGAAGCUAUGUUAAGUCAUGUUGCAGAACAUAUUCACUCAUUUGCUUUGUAUUCAGUGCCGUGGCCAGACAUGGCGAGCAAAGAGCGUGAAUAUCUUGGCAUUCAAUCGGAGCACCUUGCCGCUGAUUACUUCGCCGUGAGCUCGAAAGCGGAAAGUAGCAAUCAGUGGGGGGAUUCCCCUGGCUCAGAAGACAGUAGAAUUGAUGCUGAAGGAAUGCCAGACUUGGUUUUUCAGGACCAAAACCCGGAAGUUCCUUGGGAUCCGGAACCCGUGCUAGAAAUGACACCGUCCAGCGCUGAGCCUGACAUAGGCUCGAGCCACCUUCAUGAUUCCAGAAUUCCCGACGGAGCUAACUUUCAGGGCCAAUUAGUCUCGAGACAGCUUCCUGCAGGAACAUGCGGAGGCAACACCUUUCUUCCGUACUCCUUCUUGGAAGAGAAGGUAACUACGCAGUUGGUCAAAGACACCCUAACAGAUCAAACGAACAAAUCUCCAGAGACGAUAUCAAAGAUCGCCUCCUUCGUUUGUGGAAAGCCCGGGGCCAGGAGAGUUUUCGCGGUUCUUGCCUGCCUUAGUCGCCCGGAACGGAUUGACUUGUUCUACGAGCACAAUUUUGUCGACUCUAUUCUACCUCUCUUCAUCGAUAAAGGCAGGCAAGUGAAAACCCGAUCCGCUGAACCUGGCCAUUCUGAGAUCACCAAGAGGGUUUUUGCCGACAAGUUUUGGGCAUUCGUUAUUUCGCCGUAUCUCUUUUGUGACAACCAAUGGCAAUUUCUUGCACCGGUCUUCAACGAACAUCAAUUCAGAUACUCCUUCCGAAAGGAACACCGAAUGCCGUUCUUAGAGCAACCUGGUGGACACAGAGAAAGUCACUUCAGCACGGUGGGAAAGUGGUCUAUUCACCAGUCUCAUUUCGAGAAGAGCUCAAAACUUCGCCUGUCAGUCGACACAAAUGGACAUCCCAUUGUAGCAGUGAAAGAGCUGAGAAAUGUCAGCAUGAAUGAUGCAGAGUACCAUGCCGCAGCCGAGGCUGAGGCAGGAGUUCUAGAAAUGAUCCGUGAAAUGAAGCAUCCGCACCUCAUCAAGGCAAUCGCUUACUACAAAAGGGGUGAUCGGUACUUUAUUAUUUUCCCGUGGGCCGGAGGUGGUAACCUCCGAGACUACUGGGGAAGAGAACCUCCUCGUAAGCUAGAUGCAGAUUUUGUUGGCUGGGCUCUUGAUCAACUCUGUGGCCUGGCUAGUGCGAUUAACAAGCUUCAUUCGACAAAGGACUCCGCGUGUCGACAUGGGGACCUGAAGCCAGAGAAUAUUCUUUGCUUUGAGAACACCAGGAGCUCCGACCCGUUUUCUCAGCCGUUUCUCGUCAUUGCGGAUGUUGGUCUGGCUAAAGUUCACAUCUUAGCGACGGAGAUGCGUAACGAAGCUACACGCACGAUGAAUGGAACGGUUAUGUACGAGCCACCUGAAGCCGUACUGCUGCUAACUAAGAAACUACCACGGUCGCGACGUUAUGACGUCUGGUCCAUCGGCUGUAUCUACUUCGAGUUCCUGAUUUGGCUUCUUUAUGGAAAAGCCGAACUGCUUCGAUUUGGGGAUGACAUAACGCAUCCCGUGAACAGAACACGGCAAUUCUUCGAUGUACAUGGAUCUGGUGUGACCGGAGCGGCUAGCAUUAAACCUGGUGUUCAGAAGUGGAUGGAUUGGAUCAGAAGGGACCCAAGAUGCCCGCCGAACACUGCAAUUCGAAAGUUGCUGGAUCUCAUUUGCACACGAUUGCUAGUCAUAGAGGUAAGCAAGCUGAUGAGGAAAGAGUCGUCUGGAAGCGACAGUGCCCAAGGCAGCGCCACUCUACAUGCGACAGAUGGCCCAGAUACCCCGAGCAUUGUUCGAUCGGACGCCAACAGCAGCUUACAAGGCGAUACCGCCGACGACCUUCGUUAUCGAGCGACUUCUAUUGAAAUGUACGAAACACUGGCUGGCAUCGUGAAAGAUGCUUCAGGGAAACCGCCCAGAAUUGCUUGGAUGAAUUGGCAAGCGAGCUCUCCAGGAGGACUGGGGCAACGCGGAGGUACCUUGAAUAUUCCUCAAUUAGAUGCUAUCAACGUCACACGAAACCUCGGUAUUGGGUACCUCUGGAUCGAUGCGCUUUACAUAGUUCAGGAUGACCCUGAAGACUGGAAGAUGGAGUCUCUUCUCAUGGAACAGGUGUACAGCUCGGCCUAUGCAACUUUUGCAGCUAGCUGCGCAAGCGGUACCGAGGACGGCUUCUUGAAACCUCGACCAUGGCGACAAUGUCUUACGUUAGCAUCCAACAGGGGCUCCUACUACAUCUGCGAAUCUAUCGAUGACUUUGGGCGUGAUGUAGAACAGGGGGAGUUGAACAAGCGGGCUUGGAUUCUUCAAGAACGAGCUCUGUCCGCCGCACAAUCUAUUUCUCGGAAAAGCAGACGUACUGGGAAUGUGGAAGAGGCCCGCAAGGCCUCGUUCCUGAACUCGGACUUUUCACACUCCAUUGACACCUACGUUCGCGGAAUGAAGAUUGAGCUUUACCAGGAUCUCUACCAGAAGUACUCGGGGUUGGCACUCAGCUCCAUUGGUGAUAGGCCAGUUGCCAUCCGCGGGCUUGAAGCACGUCUCAUCCGCACUUUCAGAACUGUCGGCUCUCAUGGAGUUUUCGAUACUUUCUUGCAUCAAUGUCUACUGUGGAAAAAGGCCAGCCGGUCUCUGAAUCGUAUCGAGUCGGAACUGCUUAGAGGAGUUUAUGUUCCAUCAUGGUCAUGGAUGGCUUAUGACGGCGAGAUCAAAUACUUGAAUGUUCCCUUCAACAAGUAUUCUUGGGAGGCGGACAUAAUCUCGCCGUUUAGGACUUGGUCACCUCAGAGCAUGAAGGAGAGGGGCGAGAAAGAGGGGGUAUGUGAGAUCAAGGGGCCUGUAUGGGACUUUCGGGGCUGUGAUAGCCUCAAGCUGGAGCUCGACAAUCCAGACAGGAAGCUCUCGAACCUCAGAUGUGUCAUUGUGGCGAGGAGAAAGGAUUUACAAGGCGACCCUCAACAGUCACAUUACAUAAUAGUCGUGCACUCUGUUGCUGUUGACGGGCUCUGCGAGAUAUAUGAAAGAGUUGGCGUUGCGGAGGUCAGAGGAGAGCAGAUUGCAUUCAACAAGGGAAGUCAGAGCGGUAUUCUUAGGUGA